AAGCGGGCUUAAAUCUUAAGUAAAAGACCGCUCUCUUUCCUUAACGAGAACAACGAACCGAAACCGCUCCGUUUCAAUUUUGCGAUUCAACUACCGAAACAGUAGUCGUCUCUGAUCUGGUAAUAAUAAACAUUCACAAAUGGAGAAUCCCGGCGCUCCGGCGGACGAGCUACGGGAUCGCCGGUCGGCCGCCCUUGGAGACCUCCGAGUUCUCCCCGAUGAACUCGUCUGCGCUAUCUUGGAAUAUCUCACUCCUCCCGACCUUGCUCGCCUCUCUUGUGUCAGCAGUGUGAUGUACAUAUUGUGCAACGAAGAACCGCUCUGGAUGAAUCAAUGCCUUCGCAAUCUCAAUGGUCCAAUUCAGUAUAAAGGCUCCUGGAAAAAAACCACAUUGCAUCUGUUAGAACAUGUAGUUGGAGAAACUGAUGAACUUGGCGGAAAACAAUUACGUUUUGAUGGAUUCAACUCUUGGUUCCUAUAUAAAAGACUAUACAGGUGCUAUACCACAUUGGCGGGUUUUGAUUUUGACAAGGGUAAUGUGGAUAGAAAGGAAAACCCUUCUUUAGAAGAGUUCUAUUCCGAGUAUGAUGGGAAGAAACCGAUUUUGCUUAAUGGCCUAGCCGACACUUGGCCAGCAAAGCAUACAUGGACAACAGACCAGUUACUGAUGAGCUAUGGUGAUACAUCAUUCAAGAUUUCGCAGAGAAGUUCGAGUAAAACUUCCAUGAAAUUCAAAGAUUAUGUCUCAUACAUGAAACUGCAGCAUGAUGAGGAUCCCCUAUAUAUUUUUGACGAUAAGUUUGGGGAAGUUGCACCUGGCUUGCUGAAGGAUUACAAUGUGCCACAUCUUUUUGAAGAAGACUUUUUUGAUAUCUUAGACAGAGAUCAGCGACCUCCAUAUAGAUGGCUUAUUAUUGGACCAGAGAGGUCUGGUGCCUCUUGGCAUGUUGAUCCAGCUCUUACUAGUGCUUGGAAUACCCUUUUAUGUGGUCGUAAAAGAUGGGCAUUGUACCCUCCGGGAAAAGUACCUUUAGGUGUAACAGUUCAUGUAAAUGAAGAAGAUGGCGAUGUCGUUAUCGAUACUCCAACUUCAUUGCAGUGGUGGUUAGAUUUUUAUCCACUCCUUGCUGAUGAAGAUAAGCCAAUUGAGUGUACCCAACUUCCUGGGGAGACAAUUUAUGUUCCAAGUGGAUGGUGGCAUUGUGUCUUAAAUCUGGAAACAACUAUUGCUGUUACACAGAAUUUUGUAAAUUCUCGAAACUUUGAAUUUGUUUGUUUGGAUAUGGCACCUGGAUACCGUCAUAAGGGAGUCUGCCGUGCUGGAUUGCUUGCGCUUGAUGAUGAUGGUUUUGAUAAUGUCAAAAACAACAUAUCUCUUGAUAAUGAUGAUUUGACUUGCUCUAACCUUUUGAGGGAAGAGAAAAGGCGCAGAAUCAUUGAACCUGGAGAGGAUCCAACAUAUAGAAAAAUGGAUCAUGUUGUCUCCAAAAAUUACAAAUUGUGGAAAAAUGGUUUUACUUAUGAUAUAGAUUUCUUAAUUACAUUUCUUGAUAAAGAGAGAGACCACUAUAAUUCUCCUUGGAGCUCAGGUAACUGCAUGGGACAACGGGAAAUGAGAGAAUGGUUGUACAGGCUUUGGGUUGGAAAACCAGGAAUGAGAGAGCUAAUAUGGAAGGGAGCAUGUAUCGCAUUAGAUGCUGGCAGAUGGGCGGAAUGCAUGACUGAAAUAUGUGCCUUCCACAAUUUGCCUCCCCCUACAGAGUUUGAAAGGCUUCCUGUUGGCACUGGUAGCAAUCCUGUUUAUCUCCUGCCAAACUGUGUGGUGAAAAUUUUUGUUGAAGAAGGACUGGAAGCCUCACUUUAUGGUUUAGGCACUGAGCUUCAAUUUCACAGUCUUCUAAGUAAAGUCAACUCUCCUCUGCAAAAUUAUAUUCCUGAAGUUUUGAGCAGUGGGAUACUCUAUCUUGAAAAUGGAUCUUAUAAGAUUGUACCUUGGGAUGGAAGCGGAGUUCCUGAAGUGAUUUCAAAGUGUGAUUUUCUUUUAGAGAAACAUGAAGUAGGUAGUUUCCCUUUUGGCAUUUGGAGUAAGCAACAGCAUGACUAUAGAAAAGCUGGGAUGUCAACUACAUCAGUCAAUUUUAUUGGGGGCACUAGGAUAUGGCCAUUCAUGAUAACAAAAAGAUGUGAAGGAAAAAUAUUUGCACAAUUAAGAAAUAAACUAGACUGGGAAGAGGAGUUAAAUUUAGCUUCCUUUCUUGGUGAGCAGCUACGUCACCUUCAUCUGUUGCCGCUUCCAUCUCGUAAUUCAAAUUUCUCAGAUAUUGAAAGUGCAGUAGACUUUAACCAUACUAAUGGUUUUGUGGAGUCUGCUUUUCAUAAAUCAAAUAUGCCAGCUGAAUGGGACAUAUUCGUUAAAACUCUAAAUAGGAAGAAAAAGGACAUCUCUAGCCGCUUGACUAAAUGGGGAGAUCCAAUUCCUAGCUUUCUAAUUGAGAAAGUUGAUGAAUACAUCCCAGAUAAUUUUACUGAGUUGCUAUACGCUUUUGAGGAUGAAAAUGAUCGAGGCAAAGUUUGUAAAUCCCUCUCCUGGAUACACUCAGAUAUUAUGGACGACAAUAUUCACAUGGAACAAUGUGGUGAUAAGAAUUCUAGAUUGAGUGAAGCUUUGAAAGAAGCUAAUUCACAAUGUAAUAGCUCAUUGAAUGGCUGCAAUGACACUUCAUGUGAAAAAUCAUGGCGUCCUAGCCACCUUCUUGAUUUCAGUAAUCUCUCUAUCGGCGACCCCAUUUAUGACUUGAUACCCAUAUACUUGGAUGUUUGUAGAGGCGACCCCCGCCUCCUUAAGCAGCUAUUAGAAAGUUAUAAACUUCCGUUGGUUAAAAGUUUAUACCAGCCCAAGUCAGUGGAGGGUGGUGACAAGUAUGGACGAUUAUCGUACCAUGCUAUGUGCUAUUGUAUUGUUCAUGAAGAUAAUAUAUUGGGAGCUAUAUUUAGUAUAUGGAACGAACUAAAAGCGGCAAAAUCCUGGGAAGAAGUUGAGCAAACUGUCUGGGGCGACUUAAACAAUUACAAAGGUUUUCUUUGAUCAUUUUUCCCCAGCAUUUAUACCGAUCAAACUUUUGCUGAACACGAAAUGCCAAUAUUAUUGUCAUCACAACUUUGGCGGAAAACUGGUUCUUUCUUUUUCCAUUACCAUUUUGUUGUAGUUUAUGUAUCAAUUUUUGUGUUGUAUUUUUUGCUUGUAAUACUGCUAAAAUAAAUAAUAGUUAUUUAUUGGAUUAGGCAUAUACCAAUGCCAUUACGAUU